CAGCUUUGCGAGUAACAGCAUGAACCCUUGUUCCAUGGGCUUGUUGAGUCAUUAGAUGGGUAGUGCCCUUUGUUCUAGAGGAAACAUAGUUUCAUCUGAAAGAGGCCGAGAGAAGACACGAGAUGUUAACAAUUACUCUCGUAGUAAAUAUUCAGAUAGCGAGUCUGAAAGUGAAACAGAUUGUGCACGCUCCGAUUUAGGGAAUGCCCAGUCAACGGACAAGAUGGCCAACAUUGGCAACAAGCAGAUACAGCUGAGAUGCAAGACUCCCACUGGUCAACACUACCUGACAGGGGUUACUCUCAACACAACGGUGGGUCGGCUUAAACAGAUGAUAUCCGACCUAGCCAACAUUCCCAAAGACAGCAUCAAGAUCAGACAGGGCUACCCACCCAAGGUGAUCAACACAACUGAUGACUCAGCGGAAAUAGAGACUCUGCCAUUCCGAUCAGGAGACACUCUUAUAGUGGAGGAAGAGAAGGGUUCACAGAUUCUGAAACAACAGAGAGUUGACCGAGCCCUCCAGUCCCAGCUUCUGUCUGGGAUUAAGGGGAUGCUUAUACGUAAAGUUGUCCCCGCCAAUAACUCAUGUCUGUUCACAAGUGUGAAUACUGUGAUGACGGACGGUGUCGUGGAUACAACAUGUGCCAAAGUGAUGCGUCACCUUAUAGCGGAUAUAGUGCGCGGAGACACUGAGUAUUACAACGCUGGAUUCCUUGGGAAACGUAAUGAAAACUAUUGUCGCUGGAUACUAGACGAUCAGUCGUGGGGCGGAGGAAUAGAGUUGUCCAUUUUGUCACGUUAUUAUCAAGUAGAGAUUGACGUUGUUGACACACAGACCGGGAGAAUAGAUAGGUUUGGGGAAGACAAGAAUUAUUUAGAGCGUGUAUUGCUUAUCUAUGAUGGGGUCCAUUAUGACGCUCUUAUUCUCGAACCAACAGACCCGAGCAGACCAAUUGAAACAAAAUUCCCAACUUCAGACGAGAUGGUGCUUGCACAAGCUAUGGAGCUAGCAGCUGAGGCCAAGGCUAGUCGACAGUUCACGGACGUGGCCAAUUUCUCCCUCCGCUGCCUCAUCUGCCAAGUGGGGUUGACAGGAACAGAAGAAGCUCAAUGCCAUGCUAAGAAAACUGGCCAUGUAAACUUUGGAGAAUACUAGGAAGAGACUUACAGAGCUCGAGAUAAGCUGCAUGUCUGCGUAAAAUACGCAUCAGAAAUGCAGAAAUACGCAGUGAAAUAAAAUUCAAGCGUAUCAAAUACGCAAUGAACAUUACAGAUACGCUACAAAAAUAAAACUAGUGCGUAUCAUCAAAAUAUU